AUGGCCGAAGAAGUCGACUACGAGUCGCUUCCGAUUAACUCUCCGCUCUCGCAUCAGCUUGCAGCUGGCGCCUUCGCGGGAAUCAUGGAACACUCGAUCAUGUUUCCCAUCGACGCUAUCAAGACACGGAUGCAGGCGCUGAGUGCAACUUUGGGGUCAACCACGGCUGCCACGAAAUUGCCGUCUAACAUAGUUCAACAGAUUGCCAACAUAUCGACCACUGAGGGCUCGCUAGCGCUUUGGAAGGGUGUGCAGUCCGUGAUUUUGGGCGCAGGCCCGGCCCAUGCCGUGUAUUUCGCCACUUACGAGAUGUGCAAGGGCUAUCUCAUAGAUCCCCAGGACUUCCAAACGCAUCAGCCGCUCAAAACUGCAGCGAGUGGAAUCGCUGCCACUGUCGCCGCUGAUUUCUUGAUGAAUCCCUUCGACACCAUAAAACAACGCAUGCAGCUUCAGUCAAUUUCUCGUAGCGGCAUGUGGUCUGUCGCAUCGGCGAUACGUCGAAACGAGGGCCUAGCCGCUUUCUACUAUUCCUAUCCGACUACGAUCGCCAUGAAUAUUCCCUUUGCAGCAUUCAAUUUCGUCAUUUACGAGUCUUCCACAAAGCUUUUGAAUCCGACAAACUCCUACAACCCACUCAUACAUUGCUUAUGUGGUGGCAUUAGCGGCGCUGUUUGCGCAGCGAUAACCACACCCCUAGAUUGCAUCAAAACCGUUUUACAAGUGCGCGGAAGUGAAAGUGUUGUGAUCCCAUUGUUCAAAAAGGCCGACACGUUUUCCAAAGCCUCAAGCGCCAUUUACAAAGUGUACGGCUGGUCCGGUUUUCUGAGAGGAUUAAAGCCUCGUAUCAUCAGUAACAUGCCUGCCACCGCCAUAUCAUGGACUUCAUACGAAUGUGCCAAGCAUUUUCUGUUUAGGGGAGAUCACUUUUUGUAA